AUGGAUCCCCUGCGACGUGUGGACUGGUUCCCGCUGGGGCUCUGCGCCUUGGCACAGCUGUGGGCAGUCGCCAGCGCCUCCUUGUGGUCGCUCGCACUGUGGGUCCCCAACUUUGACCCCUCCGAGUAUCGGCCGCUGUGCAUUUGGGUGCCGGGGCUGUCUCCCGCACAGCGCAGAAUAUGCCUGCGGCACCGGGACCACGUGGCGCACGUGGCCGAGGGCGUCCACCUGGCGCUGUCCGAGUGCCGGCACCAGUUCCAGGGCAAACGGUGGAACUGCACCGUGCCUGGCGCGGAGGACGCACUGGACCUCGUGGCCGAGUCGGGUAAGGGGUCAGAGCGAGCCCGCCACAUCCACUCGCACCUAAGGGCCGCGGAGCCCAUUGUUCGGUCCCCGGGCAAAUCCCGUGAGAGGGGUCUGUCUCUAAAUAGGCGACGUUUUCCCUACCACCUGCUUGGCGUGUUCUCCCCCAAAACCCCUUCCCACACCGGUCUGGCCGCACCGUCUCCAGCUGACGGGGCGGGCUUCACGCACGACGCCCCCCUGGGAGUCUCCCCAGGCUCGCGCGAGGCCGCGUUCGUCUCCGCCGUCACCGCUGCCGGAGUGGCCCACGCGGUGGCGCGCGCCUGCCGCCAGGGGGCCCUGCAGGGUGCUUGCUCCUGGGUCGUUCCCCACGCCAUGAAGCUACCGCCGGAUGCUCGGCGGGGCGGCUCCGGAGACGACGUCGAAUACGGAUACCAAUUCGCCAAGUGGUUCGUGGAUGCGGGCGAUCACAAUCGUGGCAGCGGGCAAGGAGGGGAGUCUUUGGCGAUGAAUUUGCACAACAACGAGGCCGGCCGGCUGGCGGUGUACAAUCUGGCGUACAUGGGCUGCAAGUGCCACGUGUUAUUUGGCACCUGCAUGCUGAAAAUCUGCUGGCAGCAGCUCGCCGACUUUCGCAGCGUUGGGAACUUUCUGAAGGAAAAGUACGACAGAAGUUCCGCCGUGCAGCUGGUAAGCCACAACGGUGGGGGCAGUGCCGGAGGCGCCAACGGCGGCAGGGGCGGCGCCGCCCGCUGGCUCCGCCGGCGUCUGGAGGCGGUGAACGAGCGGUUGACGGCGCCCACGGCGAGCGACCUGGUUCACGUGAACGCCAGCCCGGAGUAUUGCGAGCGCGAUGAGACUCACGGCGUCCCCGGCACGGUGGGGCCGCAGUACAGCGUCACCUCGGAGGGGGCCACCGAGGGACGCUCCGUCACGGAGAGCCGUGCUUCUGUCCACUACUCCCCCGAGAUGUCGCGGGCGCUGCCCCAGAACAAGGAGGUGCUGCUGCAGUCGUUCAACAAGCGGCUCAAGGACGACGUGCGCUCCAUCCUGGACAACUUCACGGAGAUCAUUCGAGACGGCCAAGGGUUGUGA